CUUCCGUAAUUUCGUCAAAAUGGCGACGAUGUUAUUGGGUGCCAGCUAAACUUGAAAUUUACGAGCAUGAUUUAUGGUCAUACUCCAGACCAGUGGGCAAAUUUCGUAGCUGUGUUCUUCACUUGUUAACUUCCAUGUGGAUUCAUGAGAGAAUUUUGCUUUUUUAUUAAGAUUUGUAGAGGAUGUAUUCUUAAAAUGUGACUUCUCUUAGUGAAUAGAUUUCCAAACUGUGGUAUUAUUUUAUCAUGCAAGUGAAUUUUUAUCUGAAUUCCUUUUCAAAUUUACGAAAGACAUUUUUCAAAUGAUUGUGUAAUUGGACAGUUAAAGCAAAUACUGCAUAGAGGAGGCUGGAAAUCGUAGCCAUGGAUGCCGGGAGAAAGUUUGCCUCUAAAGAUCAAGAGGCAGAUCACUGGAGGAAUCUAGCACAACAGUACAAACAAGAACUAGAGGAAACAAAAGAGGAGCUUGAAGAUUAUCAGAUCAGCAGCCGAGAGCUUGAGCAGGAGUUGGAGACUCAGCUCAAGCAGGAAGAAAAGAAAAAUAAGGAGCUAAACCUAGCUAAUGACAGACUUCAAAAUGAAUGUGAUUCACUCAGGGACAAGUUACAAAAACUACAGGGUGACAGUCAUAAGAGAGUGACAGAACUGGAGGACAACCUCGCCAAAGUUGAGGCAUACAAAAACGAGCUGGCUAAGUAUGUUCGUGAAUUGGAACAAGCAAACGAUGACUUGGAGAGAGCCAAGCGAGCCACUGUGGUCUCACUAGAGGACUUUGAACAUAGACUGAACGAGGCCAUAGAGAGAAAUGCAUUCCUUGAGAGUGAACUGGAUGAGAAAGGUACCCUGGUGGACACUGUGCAGAGGCUGAAAGACGAAGCUAGAGAUCUCAAGUCAGAAAUUGAUGUAAAGAAACAUCAAGAUGUGGUCAUGAAGACGAGCUCAGAGAGCCUCCCAGGGGUGUCGGCUGGUCAGCCAAUGCAGGACAGUGGUUACGCCGCUCAGGGGACGACGCCCACAACUCCCACCACUCCGAUGGGUAGAAUUCCGCCCUCUGGAAUCACGAACAACUCUACUGGUGGUACCCCCUUGACUCCUUCAGCAAGAAUAUCGGCACUCAACAUAGUGGGGGACUUGUUGAGAAAAGUUGGGGCAUUGGAAUCCAAACUUGCAACCUGCAGAAAUUUCGUCAAAGAUGACUCCAGAGCAAAGACAGGAACCAGUCCUUUAAACUCGCCGAGGUCUGAGCCAUUUAUUAGUUCUGGGACUAGGAGCAAAAGGUGUCAUGACUGUAUUGAUGCAUGAGCACUAUGCCCUUGAUUUGUAAUCUUUGCUCUCACUCCAAGACCAAGCGGUUGAACCGAGGUUCCUCCUUACCUGUUCAACAAGGUGUCAAGAUGUCUGUCUGAGGCUGUGUUCAAUCCUUUCUGAUUCCAUGAAAAACCCCACGUUUGAAACCAGUGUCUGUUGUUGAUCAAAUCGAUUCCUUCAAUACGUUCUUUUUUCCUACGAGAAAAGCAAAGUUUUUUUUUUUAGUCUACUGACCGACUGUACCUUUGCUUUGGAAUUAUGGCUGAGGUUACUGGUAACGUCUGGUGUCCGUAUUUAAUGUGUACGAUGUACUCGCAGGGUACGUCGCAUUGACCGAAGUCUUAUCCAUAUCUUAAGUUUAUUUAUCUCUGUGAAAAUGCUUUUUGUCAUUUUUAAUUUAUUGCUGCUGCAGCUCGACUUGUUGUGUGAGAAUGACUUGUAUCUUUUUUGUUUUGUUUUGUUUUGUUUUAGCACCCUCAAUUUUCUUUUCCUUAAAGGUCUGUUCUUCUUGACUGGAAUGAUGGAUCAGUUUUAUUUUAGGUGCUGGGAAGUAAGUUGUAUAAGGGCAUGGCAAAUAUGUGGGUGGUUGGCGGGUGCUCUGGUGUGGUUUGCUUCUUCUUUGCUAUCAAACGUCUAUCGUCCUUAUCU